CGGCCGAACAAUAGUGGAGCGCGGCGCUGCGGGCACUAUGAACGAGGAGCAGUUUGUGAGCAUCGACCUGGACGAUGACAACGUCUGCAGCGUCUGCAAGCUGGGGACCGAGAAGGAAACGCUCUCGUUUUGCCACGUUUGUUUUGAGCUGAACAUCGAAGGAGUACCAAAGUCAGAUCUUCUACAUACAAGAUCUUUAAGGGGGCACAGAGACUGCUUUGAAAAAUUCCACUUAAUAGCAAAUCAGGACUGUCCGCGAUCAAAGCUCUCUAAAAGUCCAUAUGCAGAAGUAAAAAAUAUCUUGAGCAAAAAAAUUAACUGGAUCAUACAGUAUGCACAAAACAAGGAUUUAGACUCUGAUCCUGAAAGCUCAAAAACAUCCCAACACCAGCUUUUUAACUUCAGACAUCAGACUGAUAGAAAAUUACUCCCACAGUUUGACUCCCCAGUACCUAGAUACUCUGCAAAAUGGAUAGAUGGGAAUUCUGGAGGCAUCUCGAGCUGCUCACAAACUCUUUUGGAACAAAGAGAAUCCACUGAUUUCAGACUUGGUGUGUUACAAGAAAGAGGUGCUACCUUCUGUUGCAGCAGUGUUUUGUGGUCUAAUCACAGCCAAGCCCAGAAAGCUGAAAAAGCUGAAGGUGGUUCACUCACCAGUGUUCACAGAAGGCAUCCUCAGUACAGCAGGGAAGAACUGACUAUGAUGACUCCUGGAGAGUUAAAGCAACUUAAUGAAAAACUGCUCAAGCAAAUCCAGGAUGUGUUUGAAGAGCUGACACAGCAAGUGCAAGAAAAGGACUCUUUGGCCUCAGAGCUCAACGUCCGUCACAUUGCUAUUGAGCAGCUGCUGAAGAACUACUCCAAGCUGCCAUGUCUACAGAUGGGACGAGCAGGAAUGAAAUCAAAUGUCCCCAUAUAAAGGGGGUACAACUUCUAUCCCCUUAUAGAGCUAACUUUCCCUAACAGCUUUGAUAACCAUUCAGUGCAGCUGCACAGAUAUUUAGAAGCUUUUGAGGAAACUUGGGCAGCUUUCUCUUUGCAUUCGUAAUCCAUGAGAAGUCUUAUUCCACUUUGGUUUUAACAAAAAAGGCAAAUAUUUUAGAUAUUAAAAUCUACUAUAAUAAGGUUUAUUCACACUUGGGGUUGGUUUUUUUGCCCAUAACUACGCAUGAGCCUUGAAGUUAAUUCUGUGUUUUGUUGAUAAUAAAGUUUUUUCUAACAAAGAAUGACCUGAAACCUGUAAACCUGCCUCCUUCAUACAGACGAAAAAUAAAAAUUUGAGUUUUGAUCAGGUCUGAUCAUGUUACAUCCAAGAGAGCUUUAAGGGGAGAACAGUAUUAAUGAAACUCAUGUUUUGUUAUUUAUUAUGAGCAAUAUUUUAUUAUUGAAAUUUUAUACUAAAUAAAUAUCACUAUUUUAGGUACUCUUCCAGAUCUCUUUAUAAAAUGUCUGAAUUACUCUGUGUAAUGUUUAUGCCUUGUGUAUGAUUGUUUAUCCUUUUUCAGGUCUGUAUCUUUCAUGAUACAAUUUUAAAAAAAAAAACUUGUUUCCCAAAGAGAUGAAUUUCACAUGUUAAAGAAAAAAAUGUGGUGGUGCAUCACUUAUUUUUAUCAGCUUUAUAACUGAAGAAUUUGUUUCAUGAGAUGUUUUA